GCCGCUGACGUUUUCGUCCCCGGGACUGGAAUGACUUCGUGUUCUUUGAGAUGACCUUCUCGCCGAUUUGCAGUUGCUGUUCACUCCUCUUUGUGGAAUAAGAGUAUCGUUCUUUCAACCAUCUUGCCUCUCUAUUCUAUACCCUCUGGCUGGUCCUUGGAGCGCUGUACAUCUUAUUGCAUACGCCUAAAACUCUAUACGCCGACCUCGCAAAAAUGGCACCCGUGGAACCAGGCACCCGGAAGAGGGUGCUCAAGGUCAUCUUCAUCUCGCUGCUGCUCGACCUGAUCUCUUUUACAUUUAUUCUCCCGCUCUUCCCGAAACUCCUCGAAUUCUACCGCAACAGCGAAACAAGCUCCGAGUCGCAAUCUAGUCUGCUGGCGCGCAUCCUCGGUGGCCUCAAUGCCUAUAAGUCAGCCUUCGCGAAACCGAUCGACUCGAGAUAUGACAUCGUUCUGUUGGGCGGCGCCCUCGGCAGUCUGUUCUCGCUCCUUCAAGCCGUUGCCUCGCCCGUCAUAGGACUUCUUUCCGACAAGUAUGGAAGACGUAGGGCUCUGUUGGUCAGCAUGGUCGGCAAUAUCCUGUCUGUCUUGCUCUGGGUCGUGGCGGUAGACUUCAGGACUUUCCUGGCCUCGCGUGUCGUGGGCGGCUUGUCUGAGGGCAAUAUUCAGCUUGCCACUGCCAUCGCAAGCGAUAUCUCCGACGAGAGCAAUCGUGGCGCGACCAUGGGCCUGAUCGGAGCUUGUUUCUCCAUUGCAUUCACGUUCGGGCCCGCGCUCGGCGCAUAUCUCAGCACUAUCACGACGGUAGCGGAGAACCCCUUUGCCACAGCCGCCGGGGUGUCACUCUUUCUUAUCGUUGCCGAAACGCUCUAUCUCUACUUGGCACUCCCAGAGACACUUCCAAGCAAGGUUGAGGAAAAGAAGAAUGCUCCUGCCACCAAGAAGAAGCCUGCCUCGGCCAAGGCCCAACCAAUCCAGCGCUUGAACUCGCACACGAUUCUGAACACGGUGCACUUCGUUUUUCUGCUUUUCUUCUCCGGCAUGGAGUUCUCGCUUCCAUUCAUGACCUAUGACCUGUUCCAUUUCAGCGCAGCUGACAAUGGUCGACUACUGGGCUUCGUCGGGCUCAUUGCCUCGGUCCUGCAGGGCGGUGUCACCCGGCGCUUGCCUCCUUUGCUAUCCGUCCAGUGCGGCGUCUUAUCAUGUCUUCUCGCAUUCAGCUUGCUGUGCACAUGUCGUAGUGUUAGUCAUCUCUACAUGGCCGCUUCGUUCCUGGCUUGCACCUCGGCCACGGUUGUUAGCGGACUCAACACACUGAGCAGUUUGGAGGCGAGCGCCGAUGAGCGCGGCGGCAAGUUGGGCAUGCUGAGAAGUAUGGGGCAACUAGGACGUGGUCUAGGCCCGAUUCUGUUCACCAGUGUGUAUUGGUGGGCUGGCAGAGACGUUGCGUACGCGCUGGGCGCUGCCGGCAUGGCUGGUGUGGCUGCUCUGGUUUUCCUGGGUUUGCAGGCACCACCAGAGCCAGAUGAGCAGGCAGAGUUGUUGGAGAAGAAGGAGCUAUAAGGUGAAGCUUUGUAUAUGUAAUAACACCUGUAAAUAACAGCGUCAUCCUACGCACUGCAUAGUUGUGCUCCGCAUACAGCCAUAUUUUAGAUUUCAAUGUAUGCAAGGGAGCCUCAUUUGAAUCA